AUGACGCGGGCGAGAGCUCCCCCGCAGAACUUUACCUUGCGGUCUUGGUGCCGGCGAUGGUUUGCCCGCGAGACUGGGGUGGUUGUGAAAUGGGACGAGAAGCGCGGCUUCGGCAAGGUGCAGUGUGAGGAUGGUCGAGAGCUCUUCGUGCACAGCAGCUACCUGCAACAGCCGCUUAUGACUGAAGGUCAGACGGUGAGCUUCGAGGCGCGCUGGAACGAGCAGAAGAAGCAGCACCAUGCAGUCGACGUCGGCCCCCUGUCAAAGAGCCCAAACACGGCGCAGCUGCCAGAUCUCGUGGGAAGUGCAAAGAUUCCACAGCCAGAGCUGAUCCAGGUGGAUCCCAUCACCCUGCCUCCCGACGCGUCGGAUCGGCAGCACCUCGAGGUGCUGACGGCGCAGAUGGAGCAGCUGAGGAAGCAAGGCCUGCAGAGCCAGCAGCUCCUGGUCCAGAACCAGCAGCUGCUGGUGCAGGGUCUCUUCGCACUGAUACAGCAGCAGAGCAUUCAGAACGCCAACCUGGAGCGUGCGCUCCGGGCUCUGACGGAUCGCAUGGGCACACAUGAAGUUGCAGUGCCG